AGAUUUUGCACAACUGCAUAGUGUUAGGUUUAUAGACUUAUGGAUUCUGGUCUAAUCUGGGAAAUUUAAAGACACAUGACCUACUUGUUUUGUCAGUUUUGCUGUUUGUCUGUUUGGAUUGGGAUGAUGUUAUUUUGUUCGUUUUAUAAAGCAUGAGCCAGUAUAUCCUCUGCAAAACGAGGUAAUGAAACACCUUUUCUUAGUAUUUAGAGGCUCGACCAGUUUAACACAAAAAUCUAGUCUGUAAAGAAGUAGUACCGCUUUGUGGCCCAUAGAGGGCAGCAGCGAAAUGCAUUUACUGUCUCUGGGAAAUCAGUCGAAGAAGUAAAGAGAGGAAACAAAAAUGAGCUGCUGAACUUCAGCAGCAGAGGAUGUCUGGUUUUAUGAGUACUACAAACAAAAUCACAGUCAGACAUGUUCAGGCUGGAAACAUUUGAGAGUCAGUUGUCGUCUGUGAUGGAGACUCUGGUGGAGGCGGCCGUGACAGAGCUCGGGAGACUUCUGGAGAGGAGCUCGGCUCCGGUUGUGGCCGCUCAGCAGCGCUCAAAUGCGGCUUCCGUAGUCGCCGUGAAGCGCGAGGAUGAGGAGAGGGAGGUGACGCUACGCAGGCAACUCCUUCACGAGGAUGUCACGAACCAGUUUGCUUCCCUGAUGAAAAAGUGGGCUGAAGUUGCUGUGGAGAAAAUCUCCUUAAUUUUCAGUGUGUCCAUGAGUGACGCCAGAGAUGCUCCUGCUGCAGAGAAACCCAGAGCAGGGCAGAUCGAUACUGGGGGCAGAAAAAAAUCUGUGUCCAGAAAGAGAAAUAACAUGCAAGGAUCGCAACCAGCAACAAGACAGAUGAGUGAUCACUUAUACUGUAGAGAGGAGGAACAGAUCGAACAGUCAACAGAUGAAGCUGACCCAGAAUCUGUGCCAGAACCUGCUGAUCCAGCAUCACAUGAGGAAAAUAGCUCUGAAGUCCUCUCUGAACCUGAAGUCACAAUAGCAGAUCCUGAACCAGUCUCCAGUGUCAUUGAGGAAAAUGGCGUCCAAAAAGACGCUGAGCAUGAAUGCACUGCUGUGAAAAUCGGAAGGAACCAUCCUAACAAGGACUUCACAUGUCCUACGUGUGGCAAAGCAUUUGCUCUGAAGUGUUUGAUGAACAGACACUGCCUGACUCACUCCAAGCCUCACCUUUGCUCUGAGUGCGGCAAGCGCUUUGCCGGACUCCGUGGGCUCAUUGCACAUUCGAGAAAGCACACCGGGGAGAAGCUUUACAAAUGCUCCAAGUGCGGAACGGAAUUUGCGUACAAAUCAACCUUCCACAGGCACAUGCGUCAGCACAACCUAAACAAACCGAUCACCCACACGUGCUCGCUGUGCGAGGAGCAGUUCACGGGGAAACAGGCGUUUCAGCGACACAUUUGUUGCGCGUUGAAGAAGACAUUUGUUUGCUCACUUUGCCCAGAGACCUUCGAGUGCAGGCAGAGCUUGGACGAUCAUGAGAAUCUUCAUUCAGGAAACAGAGAUUUUGUCUGCAAAAUGUGCGGCAAGACCUUCUUCUCGUCCGCAUCUUUGGCCGCUCACCGAGUUACCCACACACAAAAGGAAAACUGCGAGGUGCUCAGCCUCAGUUUCAGUGACACGAGCAAAAACGCCGGAGAAAAGCUUUUCACCUGCGAGGUGUGUGGCAAAGGAUGCAGUCACAGGAGCGCCCUGAAGCAUCACAUGCUGAUCCACACGGGCGAGAGGCCAUACGUCUGCGAGACCUGCGGCAAACGCUGUGGACACGCCAGUGCACUUCAGAACCACAUGAGGAUCCACACGGGCAAGAAACCAGGAGAGAAGCCCGUCUGCAACGUGUGCGGCAAGAAAUUCCGCUGCAUGGUCAAUCUCAAGUAUCACACGAGUGUGCACACGGGGGAAAGGCCGUACGCCUGCGAUCAGUGCGACAAGAGAUUCAGCAACCCGAGCAAUCUGAAGAUGCACAUGAUGACGCACUCAGAGGAAAAGAUGCACAGCUGCAGCAUCUGUGGCAGGAAGUUCACGCAGCUCUACAGCCUGAAGCUGCACAGGCAGGUGCACGCGGGAGAACGGCCAUAUCACUGCGUCGUCUGUGGGAAAACUUUCAUAACCAACAGCGUGUUCAGGACCCAUCAGAAGGUUCACCUGCAGGAGGCAGGACAGGGGCAGACUGGAAAAACUGCAGUGAAAAUCUAAAACACUCUGUGAGGUCACUUCUUGUACUGGUUAUUGGUUUAAACUCUUUCUAAUGGCCAGCAGGGGGCAACUCCUCUGGUUGUAGGAAGCCAUCCAGUUUAAUAGGAGUUUAAUAGUUUCAGGUCAUACUGAAUAAAGCAUGAACCUACUUCUGUUAAAUACGGUCAUUAUUAGAGUCAGAAAGGAUGAUAAUCUAGGACAUGUUCUUGAGAUGAUGUUCUGAAAAGGACGAAGGAAAGAAUUGCAAUGACUGACCAGCUCAGAGACAGUUGGCACAAAGGUCACCUGAUCAGAGUAGUAACGAUAAAAGUGAGAAUGAGGAGAGUUUGACGGUAUCGAAGUGGCAAACAACCUAAACAGAAGAGAGCAGGUAAAUGAGAGAUCAAGUCCAAGUUUCAUCACUGAUUAACGACACAGAUGCUUCACCAGAAGGACUGUGUUAGAGAACCUAACAAAGGUUGGUGGGGUUAAAGUUAACUCUUAAACUUGGGCAUGACGAUUUUGGUGAAAAUACUUUUACUGUAUAAUUAAAUGAAAGCUUAUAUUCACAAAUGAAGCAAUUUGAUUUCUGUCUGCCUACAGAGAAUCAUUAAAGUACCCACUUUGUUCAAAUUAACUUCUUCAAAGUUAAACAUUUUUUAACGAGUGGUACGUCUUCAUUAGCAGCUGCUGACUCUAAGUUUCCUUUUAAAGCAGAGCUCGCUCUCAGUUUAAUAUAUUUUUUUCACUCGAUCGGUUUUACUGGAAUUACACGAAUUACUUACAUGUUGGUAAUUUCCUUUGUCAUUAAACAAAGGAGGAAGUAAAUAGGGAAAAUGGGGAAAAUAAAGAAAGCAGAUAACUGAAGCGAAUUAGCACUUCUUCAUUGUGCCUGAAACCUUAUAAAAAAACUAUCAGGAAGAUACACAAGCCUGAGGGGGAGUCUUGACAUUUGGUGGCUUUUAACUCAAUAAUAGUUACACUGCAGUUUUUUAGUUUCAGUUUUUUGUGCUGUUGUGAAAUUUUCCUCACAGUCCACUGUUAGUGGUAUUAUAAUAAGUGGAAGUGAUCCAAGCGUUCCAUCACCAAAACCAAAUGCAAAGCGUUGGAUAAAGUGGUUGCAGUGGAGUAAACCACACUGCCACUGGACUGUAGGGUAAUGGAGAUGUGUUCUUUGGAGUAACAAAUCACGCCUCUCCAUCUGACAAUCUGAUGGACAUGUCUGGGUGCGGUCGUUGCCAGGAGACCGUACAUGUCUAACUGCAUUGUGCCAAGUGUAAAGUUUGGUGGAGGGGUGAUUAUGUUGGGGCUGUUUUUCAGGAGUUGGGCUCGGCCCCUUAGCUCCAACUCAUUUUAGACAAUUUAAUUUUCCUAACUUUCUGGAACAGUCUGGGGAUCGCCCCUUCCUCCUCUACCAUGACUGCAGAUCGAUGCACAAAGCGAGGUCCAUAAAGACAUAGAUGAGUGAGUUUGGUGGGGAAGAACUUGACUGGCCUGCACAGAGUUCUACCUCAAGCUGACACCUUUGAACACCUUUGGGCUGAGUUACAGUGGAGACUGCGAGCCAGGUCUUCUGUCCAGCAUCAAUGUCUGACUUCAUAAAUGCACUUCUAGAAGAACAGUGAGAAAUUCCCAUAAACACUCCUAAACUGUGUGGAAAGGCUUCAAAGAAGAGUUGAAGCUUCUUUAGGUCUUGUGAAGGUGGCAAACAUACUGCAGGUGGUCCAGAGCAACAUAGCUUUGGAUGAAGAGGAUGGCUUCCUGGUGGAGAUGAAGUUAAAUACGUAUGAUGCUUAAGCCAUAGACUGUAUAAAAGAUACAUCGGAACCACUUUUUUGUUUUUGGAGCAAGAAGUGAGCAUACUUAUCUACAAGAGGUCAAAGUGCUGAAGUUAUUUGCUAACUCCAGCAACCUGGAUUCAUAAUGCACAGACUGCUGUUGGAUAAUCCACACAAUGUGGACUCUUUACCUUCAUCUGAAUGGAAAAUGUCAUAAGGUCAAAGAAAGCCAUGAAGGAGGAUUAAUGAAGAUAUAGGAAAAGAGAAUCAACUGCACUUCACUAGGUUACUAGUAUAGCUAGCUCGGUUACGAACAAUUUAAAUAUUGCCCUUUUUGUUUAAUCUUCAAGUGUGAAUCUCUAUAAUGGCUAAAAAAAUCAUCAUAUAAUACAAUCUAACAGUGACAAAAUUCCUCAAGCCACAUAUUUGUGUAGUUAUAGAUGCAUUUUUGAAGAAAUACAUUGAAAAAUAAUGUAAAUAUGUGACCUUCCCUAAUAUUUACAUCUUCAUAUUUAAUAUUUUUGUGAUCAUUGCUGAUUACACGGAGCUAAGAAAAGUAAUUAAGUUGUUUAGAAAUAUUUAAAUGAGUGUCACUGAAUCCAGACCUAUUAAAGUGAGUCACUGUGCUCUGUUAUGUCAU